AUCAGAUCACUCCCUCUGCUUUGAUGAUGGGGUGUAUCCCAGGGAGCUGGAUCCAGGCGAAAUGGAGGUUAAUGGAAGGGAGGUGAAGUUUACCUUGAACACGUCGUUGGACGAAAUCAAGGUAAAAUGGCUGAAAGAGCGGACCGUCUCAGUGAUCUUCAAAGAAAACGCAAGAUUCCUUUCGAAGAAGAUCAAGGACGACAUCAUAAGAGCGUUUGUAGAUGGUUGGAUCCUGGGCAGUGAACGGUUCCCCAGGGAAACAAGGAGGGGACGAGUAAAGAUAGAAGGUCCGAAUGCGCUUUCAUACGUAGCGAAGUCAAGGGAGGUGGCGAACUUCAUGAUAAGUGAGGGAGGGGUGGAGAUCCCCACGAGACAAGCUAACGUCAGCUACGAAGUACAAUUCAAACCUUGGAUGACAAGGGCGGAAUUCAGGGACUUACGAAGACAGGAGGACGACAGAAUCUUCUGGGUGAUUGCGGUGCAAGUUCCCUUGGACGAUAUGUCGUUUAUUUAUGCACAAAUCGAGAUUGCAAUCGGCAAGAUCGAGUGGGCACACCCACCGGACGUAGAUCCAGACAGACCAGCAUUAGUGAAUGCGAGAUUUGACUUGGCUUCGGAUGCUAGAGGGAACAUGAAAGGCAAGAUGAGAAUCAUCACCUCUAAGGGAGACGACCUGGAAGUAUGUUUGGCUUGCUCCACUACGCCGAAGUGCCGGACGUGCCAACAGUUCUUCCACACAGAGGAGGAAUGCCGGAGGCGAGGAGGGCAAAACAGGGAAGUACCAGGCGGGACGAAUAUCCCCACCCAGCAACCUUCACAAGCACAAUCAAGUACGGGGCAGGGCACGAGUAGAAGACUUCGAUAUCAUGGCCCACUGGGCCCCCAGCCCCAGGCGGAAGCAGCCGCACCUGCAGGCUUUGCAUACGCUGCUGAUAAUCCGAUGUUCUCGCCGGGAGGGAUCCUUCAAGCAAGCCCCUCCGUGCAGAACCUUUAUCAGAUGAUGUGGGCACUACAAGGCGCAGCCUCUCAAGGAGGGAUAGCAGUCAAUGGAGGAUGCUGGAGAAAUCCUAGGCAACAAGCAAACCAAUUCCAUGUUGGGAUGCCCCCACAAUACGGGGGAGGCUUCCAUCAGGGGCUUGGAGGACAAGGGAUAUCAUCGGCCUUUCAGAGCUACCAGCCAAACUUCAUUCCUCAGGACCAGGGUCCCAGUCCCCAUGGAUUGGAGGGCGGAAUAGGUGUGGACCCGAGAGGGGCAGGAACGAGUAGACAGCAGAAAAGGUCCGGGCAGCCGUCAGAGGCUUCGCUACAACCAGGGAGAGGGAGUCAAACAGGAGGGAGGGAAUUGGGAGCGGAACAAGAAGGGUCAGCUUCAAGGACGGUAGCGGACCUUCAACAGCGAUCACGACCAGCAGGCAAGCAGCGAAGGCUCAACAUGUCGUCAGUGAAGGAGCUCCACACAGAAGCCUCAGGGGAGUCAUUCGUGCACUCCACCGGACAACAAGCAACCUCGGGAGCACCGGGGCAGAAGACAACAAGAGACAGGCGUCUGGCAACAAUGGCCAGAGGACAAGGUCCAGGAUUAGAACAGUUGCUAAUUCCACUAGCAUGCACUACAGUUAGGAACGGCCUUUGGGUUAUCACCUGGCACACAGCACUGUGUCCGUACACACUGCCUUCACAACAGGUAGAUGAUGCACCCACACCAUGGACAAUACUGCAGACGGUAGAAACCCUGUUCUUGAGAUACUUCUCUGUCCGAUUGAUUGGGGACUGCCCGAUGGCAAGGAUCAUUACAAAAAUCGAAGAAAAGAGGAUCAAACUCUUUGUCCCGCUGGUUGAUGCGACAAUGACGACAGACGAUGCAGGAAGACUGGAGAGCUUGGGGAUGAAACUCGUACCCCUUACCUGGUUUGCAGAAGGAAGGAAACCGAAGCUUGGGCGAAUCACUAUCACACCGAAAUUGUCUGCAGAAUGCCUGUCAGAACUGAAAAUCCGUCUCCAUAAGGAUAAGAGGCUAGACUCGCAGUUCGUCAGGGAUGCCCUUACACAACCAUUGGCUCUGAGCUCACAAGCCACUGAAGCCAGAGGAACGGGUCAAGACAGCCGAAACACAUCCCGCAUCCAACGGUCGGGAGGAGGGCAAAUGGAUGGUUAAACUUACCAUAGCCUCUCGUAACAUUUGCGG